UUUAUUUCUCCUUGCUCUUGUUCUCACUCUAAUUCUUUCUCGCUCUCUCUCUCUCUCUCUUUCCAUCUUCCACUUCUAAACCAAGUGCAGGAAUAGUUGUCUCAUUGUUAGUGGCUUGAAAUGAUGCUUUUGAACGCGAGGACGCUGGGUGCUUUUGGUGACUAGUGCCAUCCCCACCUUUUUUUUCUUCGGAAUUUCUGAGCUAUUCUUUACCAGCUCUCUCUUUUAUUCUCACGGCUACUAAAGCUGUACAAUUGCUUUCUUCUCUAGGUCCUUAAGCCGUUUGCUAAUGUUACUUUCUGAGCAUUUCCAAAGCUGGGGUUCUAGGAGAGUUUGGUGCGCCUGAACGGCUGACCCAUGAAAUAAAGGAGUAGGGCAGGCGAGGUGGAGAGCGAGGCCAGCUAUCAAUAGAAGAGUGACCCCCCCUCUCCACACACGGCCCGGGCUGCUGGCCUUUAGGUGAUGUGCUGUCGUGAGGCCUAGGCCAUGCCCAAGCUGGAGGAAAACCCUUGACGCUGCUUGUCUGGAGGGAGAAGCAUGCAGGGUGCCCAAGGAGGAGGACUAGGCCCUGGGCUAUCCCCUGUGGACAGACGGACACUUCUGCUCUGCAACUUUAUCCUGGCUGUAGCUUGGGGCCAAGUGAAUUUCACAGGAGACCAGGUUCUUCGAGUCCUGGCCAAAAAUGAGAAGCAGCUGUCACUUCUCAGGGAUCUGGAGAACCAGAAGCCCCAGGAGGUGGACUUCUGGCGUGGCCCGGCCAGACUUAGCCUCCCUGUGGACAUGAGAGUUCCCUUCUCUGAGCUGCCCAGUGUUAAAGCUUAUUUGAAGUCUCACGGCCUUGCCUACAGCGUCAUGAUAAAGGACAUCCAGGUGCUGCUGGAUGAAGAGAGAGAUGCCAUGGCGAAGUCCCGCAGGCUGGAACGCAGUACCAACAGCUUCAGCUAUUCCUCUUAUCACACCCUGGAUGAGAUAUAUAGUUGGAUCGACAACUUUGUAGCUGAACAUUCUAAUCUUGUCUCCAAAAUCCACAUUGGCAAGAGCUUUGAAAAUCGGUCCAUUCUUGUCCUGAAGUUCAGCACUGGAGGUCCAAAUCGCACGGCUAUCUGGAUCGACACUGGGAUUCAUUCCAGAGAGUGGAUCACCCAUGCCACGGGCAUCUGGAUCUCACAGAAGAUUGUCAAUGCAUACGGCAAAGACCAUGUCUUGAAGAGAAUAUUGAACACUAUGGACAUUUUCAUAGAGAUUGUCACCAACCCUGAUGGCUUUGCUUUUACUCAUAGCAUGAAUCGCUUGUGGCGAAAAAACAAGUCAAGUCAACCCGGCAUCGUCUGCAUUGGCGUGGACCUCAACAGGAACUGGAAGACAGGCUUUGGAGGAAAUGGUUCUAACAAAAACCCCUGCUCAGAGACUUACCGUGGGCCUGCACCUGAGUCAGAGCCAGAGGUAGCUGCAAUAGUGGACUUCAUCACAGGCCACGGGAACUUCAAAGCUAUGAUCUCCAUCCACAGCUACUCUCAGAUGGUCAUGUAUCCUUAUGGCCAUUCUCUGGAGCCUGUACCUAACCAUGAAGAGCUGCUCAAUCUUGCCAAGGAUGCAGUAAAGGCUCUCUACAAGGUUCACGGGAUCCAGUAUGUUUUUGGCAGCAUCAGCACCACCCUCUAUUCAGCCAGUGGGAUCUCGGUGGACUGGGCUUAUGACAGUGGCAUCAAGUAUGCCUUCAGCUUCGAGCUCCGGGACACUGGACAAUAUGGCUUCCUGCUGCCAGCCUCACAGAUCGUCCCCACAGCCGAGGAGACAUGGGUGGCAUUACAGACCAUCAUGAAACACACCCUGAAUCACCCCUAUUAGCCACGCUACUCAGGCCUGAGCAGUUGGGGUUCACCCCUUUCCCUGAAAACCCUCCUGAAUUAAGUAUCCCUUCCCCAAACCGUCGUUGGACCCUUAGCAAAUAGAAGCAAAUUUGAGCAGGCCUCACUGCCUCUAGUGUUGGAUGCUAUCUCUUUGGGCAUCCCCUCAUGUCUGGGACACCCCACCCCCUACCCCACCCCUGCUGCCUUCGGGAAAAUAUGAGGCCCACCCAAGCUCUGCCUCUCUCUCUUUGCUUCCAAUCCCUGGGAACGGCCACAGUCUACAUUGCCCUAGCAGUUUUUGUAAAACAUUUUAAUAAAUCCAGAGGGGACCAAGCUUGAUUUAAACAACA